AUGUAUGUAUUCCGGCUUUCAUCGAAAAAGAAUCACGCAGUCAAGAUUCAACAGAGAAUUUUUCGCUUCGAUCAAACUUCAGAAGAUCAAUUUCUUUCAGUUUUUUCUUUACCGUCAAGAUUUCUCAUAGGCUUCGAUUGUCUUGUAACUGAAACACGAGAAAAUGUUUUUGUGAGCUUAAACUUUAUAGUGCAAUUUCGAGAAACUUCCUCGAAGGUUCUUAAGAACGUGAAAUGA